AUGGCUGCAAUGCCUCACGUCUUUGUUUGCUGCGAGUCGCUGAUAUCGCCGCUAGAGGAGACAUUCUCUGCUCUUCACCUCUCUCCUGCUGCAGCAGCAGCGUGGAUUGGAGAAGCAGAAGCACUGCAAAUCAGAACUGUACCCGUGGAUCACAUUCCGGAUUCGUUUGGCGUUCGCGUUGACUUGGGCGCUCUUUCUGUUGUUUACUCUGGAGACACCCGACCUUGUCCCCAGCUCUUCGCCUUAGCUAAUAAUUGUACUCUCCUGCUGCACGAAGCGACAUUUGAAGACAGUCUCCUCUCGGAGGCCAUAGAAAAAAAACAUUCUGCUAUCAGCGAAGUAAUUAAAGGAGCUGGAGAGUGCGGGUGUGAGAAUUUGCUCUUAACACAUUUCAGUCAACGCUAUCCGCAGGUAUGA